CUCCCCUGUGACCCUCUCUGGCCCACGAGCCCUGCCGCGCGCCUGCCCCGCCGUGGCCUCCGCACUCCGCCCCCCCGGGGCCCGCCCGGCCAUGCCCGGCGCGACGCUGCGCGGGCGCACGCUGCCGUUUGCCACGGACGAGCUCUGCCUCACCACCCGUUCUCCGCCGCCCUGCACCUCACGUGGGCGGUGCUGCUCCUGUGCCGCCGCAGGUUUCGGCAGGGGGCCGGCUCCUUCUCGUACCUCGAGCUGGAGUCGGUCGACGCGAACGCCGCAUGCUGCCUCGCGGUGGUGCUGUCGGACGCCGCCAUCUUCGCGGUCUCCAGCCGGGGCACCGUGAUGGAGGUGGAGCGGCGCAGGGCCGUGCCGUGGCUGCUCGUCCUCCGCCUGUGGUUCAAGUGCUGGCUCUUCCUCACAGUGAUUCUACCCAUUCCUUGGUUGUGCGGAGGCGACUUGCCACUCAUCGCUGAUUCGACAUGUCGAUGUGUGAUCGUCACAGAAGUUGUAUGCCACACGCUUUUCCUGGUCUUGGCACCGACGUCGUUGUUUUUUGGCAGCGGCGAAGUCUUGGGCCGGAUCAUGGCUUGCGUACAACGCUUGUUUGGCGGGAAGUCUUUCAGAAGCGACUUGAACAAGCUUCUCAUGCAGGUGCAUGAUGAGGUCGACCUGGUUCCAUCAGACAUAGCUUUCGGCUUAUGGCUGGUUGGUCGACGACAGCGAUUAAUGCGGAAGAACGGGCCACCCGCAGGUGUUCCUGUGAAUCUUGAUGAGGACAAGGAUCUGAUCAGGGAUAUUCUUACGGUGAUGCCGAUUGCUUUCAACGUCUAUGGAUGGGUGUUGUAUUUUUGCCAGGCCUUGGUACGAGAUAUUGUGAGCUGCAAUUUCUGCGAGCUGUGCAGAAUGAUCGUUGACAUCUGCCGAGCUUGUCCUUGCCGAGGUUGUUUCGAAUGGUGGUGUGUCAAAGAGCAUACCAAGCGCAAGUGGCCUCUUCAUACAUGGGCUUUCAAGGAGGAGCUGAGGCAAGCUGGUCUCCUUGAUCACGUAGACAUCUUGCACGCUUCCUGGAAUGAAACAGACGAUGAGCAAACUGAGUUUCAUGCUGUUCCAAUGGCAGUGCUAGUCUGCAGGCCGAUCAAUGCCGUCGUCAUCACUGUUCGCGGUACUUUUAGCGGCAAAGAUCUCGUCGCUGACCUUGAUGCCCACCUCGAGGACGUCGAGCCACAUGCACCAGAUAGAGAGAAGUGCCACGGUGCGCAUGCUGGGAUGCUAAGAAUCGUGAGGUAUGUUAAGAAAGAAUGGGAUCUUGUAAAGACGAGGCUUGCUGGGGACGCGUGCUGCAGUCGCCACAUUAUUUGCACUGGUCAUUCCAUGGGCGCUGGUGUCGCUGCCCUGCUGGCGCUCGAGCUGCGUAAGGACCUCGGUGACUGUGUGAGGUACAUCGGCUUCGAGCCUCCAGGAGCGACGAUGUCCCCUGAUCUUGCCGACAAAGUCAAGGAAAUGGGUGGGGUCUCGAUCAUUCAUGCUCAUGACUGGGCUCCAAGAAUUAGUAUCCGGAGCAUCCAAUACUUACGCGAGCGGAUUGUUCUAGAACUUGCCGCUUGCAACACAUCAAAGCUUGGCAUGGCAAUCGGAAUGUGCAUGUGCCGCUCACACUGCGAGAAUGAUGGCAUUGACAAGACGCCUACACAACGGUCGGAUUCGACUGCCUGUCGCCUACGCCCUCAAAACACUCUCUCAGAGAUGCUGUUGGCCCAUUUGAGCUCUGAGGAUGUUCAGACUGCAGCGGAUCAUCAUCCACUUCACAAGUUUUCGAGUAGAAUAGCAACUAAACACGAACGUGACGACUACUGGGCAGAUCCGACUAGAUGCCCUGGCAAGUUAAUGUUGGUGCGUCCAACUCAGCGCUCGACAGGUUGGCCCACUUGCGGGAUUUGGAAGCCUCCCAUCUCUUGGGAUGCCAUGUGGAUCGAGCCCGAAGAGAUUGAGGAGAUCGUGGUCACCAAGCGUGCGCUCAUGUAUCACGUGCCAGCUCUGAUCGCGCAGGCCGUCAAGGGCGCUCUUGGAUCUCCAGGAAAGUCUGCAGAUACAGCUGCUCCAACUGGACGGACAGCAUCUGCAUCUUGAUGAUCAGCGGUAGUUUCCAACUUCCGUGCAGCCUGGCAGUCUCAGGCUCGGCAUGUCCUAUCGCUCUUGUCGUGCUCCGAUCGCUCUCUGAAGGGCCUUCAGCAGCAGCGACGUGAUUCAGGCAAGCAUCUGGCUUUGUAUCCCCUGGCUUCGUAUGUAUCGAAGCCUCGCAGAGGGUGUGAAGAGGCACUGCGGGCCGGGCCGCCGGAGCGGCAACGGGGAGCCGAGCGGCUCCUCCCGCUGCGCGGAGCUGCUGCGGAGCUGCUGCGGCGGACCGGGAUCUUCGGAGGCACGCCACCGUGUGCAGCCGUGCUGGUAAUGCAAGCUCUGGCGUGCGCUCCAUGCUCUGCCGACUGUGGGUCCAGCCUGCAGGGCCCCCUCCGCUCCGCUCGGCCCGCUUCGAUCGAUCGCUGCCGGGCGGCCCGAUCCGAGCUUCGAUCCCGACGCCCCUGCCGGCCCGCUGCGGCCCCGCUGUCUGCACGGUGCCGCCGCGCGCCCUGGCGCCGCCGCGAUGCGCUUCGUGCCGGCCCGACCCGCUGCGCACGCCGAGCGGGCCCGACGUGCCGAUCCGCUGCCGACCGAUCCCGGCGGCCGCACAGGCAGGCCAGCGCCACAACUGGGGGAGCCGUGGUCCUGGCCCCCCUGGGGGACCCAUCGAUUUCGGCGCCCCUCUCGAGGGCUCGUCGAGGCGAUGGGCUCCCCCAGAGGGGGCAAGGACCACAGCUCCCCCAGUUGUGGCCGGUCGGACAAGGCGCGCCCACCGGGCGCCCCCUGGGCGGGCCCUCCC